CUCGGAGCUGAGGCCAUGGACUAAAUGAAUGGAUUUCCUUUUACUGCGGACACCGAACUCCGAUAGCGACUCACAAUGGCAUCUCCCAGGCUCGAAACUUUCUGUUGCCCCAACAGAGACGCGUCCACGGAAUUCGUCAUUAAUUUCCAGCCAUUGUUUUUCAGCGGCAUCUGCAUCGGUAGCGCAGGCGUUAGCCUCGUUUUCUCCAUCCUACAGAUGUUGCCCAAACGGAGGAGCUACAGGCGCCUUGGACAAUAUCCGCUCCCCAAACCGGCCUCGUCUUCGAGAAUACUGUUCAUCAUCAGCGUGUGCGAUAUCCUUGGGUGUGCAGGUAUAAUUGUGAGGUCAUCCAUCUGGCUGGGCCUGCCUGACCUCAUUAGUGGGAUCUCUGAUGCCUCCAGCACUGAUGUGUGGCCAGAGGUGUUCUGCGUGGGCAGCGCGAUGUGGAUCCAGCUUUUCUUUAGUGCCUCCUUCUGGUGGACCUUUUGCUAUGCGGUAGACGUCUACCUCGUGGUGAAAAGAUCUGCCGGUUUGAGCACUAUUGUGUUGUAUCACAUGAUCACAUGGGGCCUGGCGGUACUGCUGUGCGUUGAAGGUGUGGCCAUGCUGUACUACCCCUCAAUUUCAAGCUGUGAGAAUGGCCUGCAGCACGCCGUACCGCAUUACAUCACCACCUACGCCCCCUUGCUGCUGGUCAUCAUCGUCAACCCCAUUCUCUUCGCCCGCACUGUGUCCGCAGUGACUUCACUGCUGAAGGGCCGGCAAGGAAUCUACACCGAGAAUGAGAGACGCCUGGGAACUGAGAUUAAAAUACGAUUCUUCAAAAUCAUGCUCGUUUUCAUGAUCUGCUGGUUGCCCAACAUCAUCAACGAGAGCCUGCUGUUCUACCUGGAGAUGCAGGCGGACAUCAAAGCUGGUCACCUGAAGAAUGUGCGCAACGCCACUCUCAUCACCUGGUUCAUUAUGGGCAUCCUCAACCCCAUGCAGGGGUUCUUGAAUACCUUGGCUUUCCACGGCUGGACAGGCUUCGAUGUAGACCUGAGCUUCCGGCCGCAACGCGAGCUGGCCUGGGACUCCGCCUCCACCUCGGCUGCCGCCACGGGCAGCUACAACCCCGUCGUGGGUUCCACCCUCCACUUCCAGAGCCACGUCCAGGAGGCCAAGAAGAACAUGGCCGCCAACGGUCAGCAGCCCUCCGACGCCAUCAGCGUGCUUUCGGAAGGUUCAGAGUCUAGUACAAUUGAAAUCCACAUUUCCAGUGAGCUGCGAGACUAUGAGGAUGUAGACGCAGACGUGGGAGAGUCGUGGGAGAACUCCACACAGCAGUAGCUGGGGAGAGGAACAGCAGCGACUGCCAGACUCGGCUCUCUCUGCGCUACUCCGGCCUGUGAAAGCUGUGCUCAAGGUUAUGCGUGGAACUCUAGCUGAGAGCUGGCCAGCCCUUCUACCUCUGGAGAGCAAGAUUGGGCACAGAUCCAUCCUUGUGAUCAAUCACUGAAGGCCAACAUCUUGAACAAGUGUUUUUAAAAAACCCACUGACAUAUACAAGACUUUCAAUGCAAAAAGUAGUUUUAGCUUUUUUCUGCUUUACUUUUUUACUUUUCCUCCUUGUCUUGUAUCUAGUACCAAGUGUCAGGGCCAACUAAGGUUUCUUUUUCCUCUUCAUUUAUUACACAAGUGUAAACGGUGCAUUUAAUGUGCCAGUACCUUCCUUAAAAAAAUAACUUAAUUUAACGAUCCAGACAGUCGAUGAGACAUGUAGACGUCUAUGCUGAGAAACUGUGCAUACGGGAUUUGUUAAUGAAAAGUGUGCCUUAAGUUCACACAAUUCAAAUAUGGAGCAACAAAGUUCAUGCUUAUGUUAGUGGGUUGGGCCUGACAGAAAGAAAAAAACAGUGCUGUUCUAUGAAUUAACUGAGAAUAAAGAAAUUAUCUUUUGUAUCUGCUCAGAAGAAAAAGUAAAUAUUAAUUUAGCAGCAGUGUUUAGCUUUGUCACAUUCCUGAGUUUCAGGCAUGCACUGAUGCCAUUUUGUAAUUUCAUUAGCUAAUGAUACACACAAAGACAUGCGUGUUUGAAGGUUUAUGUUGUGAAGUUGAAAUUUUGUUUUGAAUGUGUGGAUGUUUUUAUAUUAAACAGCACAAUGUGAAUGAUUAAGCUGUGUGCUACUGUACCUUCAAAUAUUCCCACUCAGUUCGUUUAGUGAGAUAAUUAUAUUGGGGUAUUGCUCUUCUGAAACGUGUCAUUGUAAAAGGACGGUAGGCAAAUUCCUUAAAAAAUAUUCUUAAAAAAUAUUUUGCCAUUGAACAAAAUGUAAUUUUAUUAUGUAUAUGCAGCAAAACAUCUUUCAGUGCUAUAUAUGGAA